AAAAAAAAAGCCUGUUAUGUUGCAUUGCAGCUGACAUAUCAGGAAUGAUACAUGAACAGUCUCAGGAGUUCCUCUUAGGUAAGCAAUGCUGACAAAGGAUUUAGGCUUGAAAAAGCAGAACAUAACCCAGUGCUUCUAUAUGCACUUGCUUGAUUUAGUGGCUUCAAAGAGAACAUUAAACAUUUUAUCAUGUGUAACAUAACUUUCCAUAUAGAUAUUAAAUCUUAUUCAGAAGACAUUGUUUUUAAUGGGUUGUAUUUAACAGAAGCAACAGCUCAGCAAGCCUCAAGUAUCGCAGAUGGACCUUUUUGGCCUUAGAUCUGAUGGGUCAACCAGAGGUGGAUUUGUCAGAUUCACAAUUUGCAGUAGCAAACUCCGGAUUUAAGGUAUGCCUAGUGUGACUAACUCUGCUGUGAAAUCUAUCUUGGCUUUGAGUUAAAACAUGAAAUUCAGUUGCUUUAGAGAAUCAGUAAUCAUUUGGGAGCAUAUCUUUACGUUUUUAAGGGAAGCAUGAGCAAGUGAAGCAUUUAUAACACACGUGAGUGUCUCACCAUCAUGGAGUUUGAAUGCUACAACAAAGAGGAACUGUACACACAGGGCUUGUCUGCUUGGGCCCAGCCAUUUUAAAGCGGGUGCUACUGCUACGUUAGGAAUCUGUCCCUUAUUAAAUGAAUCCGCUCCCGUGGUAACAAACCCCCUGCUGCAUUUCAACUGCACUAACUACUUUGUAGGUUUUUUUGUAAGGCGCUGCCUGCCGCCGCCUCAUGGGAGCGGCUGUCACAAGCUGUGAGUGACAACGCGAACGAGGGAGAUUUCAAACCCUGCUGCGGGAGCGGAAACAUCUCCCCUGAAACACUCACGCCCCAGGCCCGCGGGGAAGGCAGCCGGCUGUAACCAGGCCCUGCCAACUGCCCCGCACCGAGCGCGCAGCCUUAGUGCAGGCAGCAGCAGCUGGAGCUGCCUGCCCAGAGCGCUGGCUCCAAGGGUGUGAGGCCGUCAGGAGCCCCCGCCCCGAGGGAGCACGGGGCAGUCUUGGGGAUCGCUGCCCGCAGGCUAUCCCAGAAAAAUCCCCCUGAGCGGCCUUGCGCGCCGAGCGCCCCCGGGGGCCCGAGCAGGCUGAGGGCCCCGCCGCCGAAAGCUCUCCGAGGAGCCCGCUCAUUGUUUCUCACACAAACCCAGGCAAACAGGAAGCCACCUCGGCAUGCCCCCCCCCUUAGCAGAAGAGCGACAGGCGGGGCGGCCAGUGAGAGUGGCGGUGCUGGCGCAGCGCAGCCAAUGGGAGCCUGCGAGAGCGGGUAGGCGGGAGUUCCGGACUGGCAGGCGGGCGGGCGGUGGUGGUGUCGGCCGGGCCCCCUCUCCCGCUGCAAGCCCCACCUUUCGGCUUUCCCGCACCGUCAAUCAAAAUAGGAAAAAAAACCCGGAGUGGGCUCGGGCCGCCGCCGCCGCUUCAGCCCGUGAGCACAAUAAGCAUGUCCCCGGCGGCAGCCGCCUAGCCCCAGCCGGCGGGGCCUGUGUGCGAGCCAGCCAGCCUGCCUCCCGCCCAGCCAGCCGCUCGCACUCACACCAUGACCGCUCCCGAGAAGCCCGUGAAACAAGAGGAAAUGGCUGCCUUAGACGUGGACAGCAGCAGCCACAGCGACUAUCUCCAGCACGGCAACGGCGCUGCCUCGGCCUCCGCCGGGGCGGCCGCCCCCCAGGACACUCAGCCGUCACCGCUCGCUCUGUUAGCGGCCACCUGCAGCAAGAUCGGCCCGCCGUCGCCGGAGGAGGAUGAGGCCGCCGCCGCCGCUCACUCUGCCGGAGCGACAGGGGAUUUGUCUUCUGUACAAUUAGCAGGAACUCCAAAUAGAUGGGAGGUUUUGUCUGCAGCUCCUACCACUAUAAAGGAUGAAGCUGGUAAUAUAGUACAGAUUCCAGGUGCUGCCACAGUAACUUCAAGUGGACAGUAUGUCCUUCCCAUUCAGAGUUUGCAAAAUCAACAAAUAUUUUCUGUUGCACCAGGAUCAGAUUCAUCAAAUGGUACAGUGUCUAACGUACAAUAUCAAGUAAUACCCCAGAUCCAGACGGCCGAUGGUCAGCAGGUUCAGCUUGGCUUUGCAACCUCUUCUGAUAAUGGUGGUAUAAAUCAAGAAACUGGUCAAAUUCAGAUCAUUCCUGGCUCUAAUCAAACCAUAAUUGCCUCUGGAACACCUUCAGCAAAUAUUCAGAAUCUCUUAUCACAGACUGGUCAAGUUCAGGUUCAGGGAGUUGCAAUUGGUGGUUCUUCCUUUCCUGGCCAAGCACAAGUAGUUGCUAAUGUCCCUCUUGGACUACCAGGAAAUAUUACUUUUGUACCCAUCAAUAGUGUUGAUCUAGAUUCUCUGGGACUCAACAGUGGUUCUCAAACCAUGACUGCAGGCAUUAAUGCAGAUGGACAUUUGAUAAAUACUGGACAGGCCAUGGAUAGUUCAGACACUUCUGAAAGGACUGGUGAACAAGUUUCUCCUGAAAUUACAGAAACUACCACUGAUAAUGACUUAUUUGUGCCAACAUCAUCUUCAUCACAACUGCCUGUUACCAUAGACAGUACAAGUAUAUUGGAACAAAAUGCAAACAGCUUGACCACAAAUAGUGGGCAAGUACACAGUUCUGACCUUCAGGGAAAUUACAUCCAGACAUCAGUCUCUGAUGACACACAGGCUCAGAAUAUUCAGGUCUCCACAGCACAGCCUAUUGUACAACACAUACAGCUUCAGGAGUCUCAGCAACCAACCAGUCAAGCCCAAAUUGUACAAGGUAUUGCGCAACAGACAAUCCAUGGUGUGCAAGCAAGUCAAGGUAUAUCGCAACAGGCUCUACAAAAUCUUCAGCUGCAGCUCAAUCCUGGAACUUUUUUAAUUCAGGCACAAACAGUGACCCCUUCUGGGCAGAUCACUUGGCAGACAUUUCAGGUGCAAGGUGUCCAAAACUUGCAAAACUUGCAGAUUCAGAAUGCACCUGGUCAACAAAUAACUCUAACACCUGUGCAGACUCUUACUCUUGGUCAAGUUGCAGCAGGUGGGGCCUUGACUUCAACUCCAGUUAGUCUGAGUACUGCUCAAUUGCCAAAUCUGCAGACAGUUACAGUAAACUCUAUAGAUUCUGCUGGUAUUCAGCUGCACCCAGGAGAAAAUGCUGACAGUCCUGCAGAUAUUAGGAUUAAAGAAGAGGAGCCUGAUCCAGAAGAGUGGCAGCUCAGUGGCGAUUCUACACUAAAUACCAAUGAUCUAUCACAUUUGAGAGUACAGGUGGUAGAUGAGGAAGGGGACCAAACACAUCAAGAAGGAAAAAGAUUGCGACGAGUUGCUUGCACCUGUCCCAACUGUAAAGAAGGUGGUGGGAGAGGCUCUAAUUUGGGAAAAAAGAAACAACACAUCUGUCACAUCCCAGGGUGUGGGAAAGUUUAUGGGAAGACUUCACAUUUGAGAGCUCAUCUCCGCUGGCAUUCUGGAGAGCGCCCAUUUGUUUGUACUUGGAUGUUCUGUGGUAAAAGGUUCACUCGCAGUGAUGAGUUACAGCGACACAGAAGAACACAUACAGGAGAGAAGAAGUUUGUCUGUCCGGAAUGUUCAAAACGCUUUAUGAGGAGUGACCACCUUGCCAAACACAUUAAAACACAUCAGAAUAAAAAAGGUAUUCACUCUAGCAGUACAGUGUUGGCAUCAGUAGAAGCAACACCUGAUGAUACUUUGAUUACUGCAGGAGGAACAACACUUAUCCUUGCAAAUAUUCAACAAGGUUCUGUUUCGGGAAUAGGGACUGUUAAUACAUCUGGCACCAGCAAUCAAGAUAUUCUUACCAACACUGAAAUACCUUUACAGCUUGUCACAGUUUCUGGAAAUGAGACAAUGGAAUAAAUAUUACACAAGAUACCUAUUAAUUGUGGUUAUUUUUAUACAGUAGUGAGAAAAAUAUUGUUCCUAAGUUCUUAGAUAUCUUUUUAUUGAUGUGCAAAAAUUUUUGGAUUGACAGUAACUUGGUUAUACAUGACACUGAAAUGCCUUACUUUGUAUGAUAUUCCAUAGUAUAUUAAAAUGGUAAAAUUGCAUGGGUUUUGUAGGUACUUUUGGAAUCUAGAAGAGAUGAAAUUUUACCAAGUUAUAUUAAAAAAUGAAUUUAAUGAUGGGAAUGGUAGUCUAACCAAAUGCAUCAAUCCUGUGUGGUUUAGUGUAAAAAUGAGAACAUGUUGGUAUUUAUCUAUUGUAAGAUAAAAAGAAGUUGAUGGGUGAAAAGAAAUCAUGUUAUGAUAAAAGAAAUUUUGUAAUUUUCUUGAUGACUGGAAUUUUUAUUAUGCAUAACUGACAAAUCAAGUUUCCAAGCAAAUGUUACAUAGUGUAGGCUUUACUUAGCUCAUCAGCUUGUCAUUUUGAAGCUAAUUAUUUUAAUUAGGUUAACUAUGUACAAUAUUUUAAGCAUUACUCUUGUAAGAUUUUGAAAACUACAUUUUAACAUGGAACUCUAGGGAUAGUCACCUUUUAAAUCCUGUUGAAAAGCCAUGUUUAAGAUUUAAUUUGCCAAAAUGAUGUCUUGUUAAUAUUCUUUCAAUAACCAAGUUGGGCAAUAUAACCAAUGUUUAAAAAAAAAAAAAAGUUUAAAAUGUUUAAAAAAAUGUAUAGGUUGAGGCAUUUGGGUGGUAAGGCAAAUGUUAUAGUGAAAUAUAUCCCUUUCCUUGAACACUGGAGGACCAAAAAUUAGGUGUAUUGCGUCUCAGCAGUGAUUUUUAUCAAAUCUUGUUUCCAAAAACAUCUGUCUGCCAGGGCCUUAAAAGCCAUCAUGUAAUUUACCAGUAAAAAUAUAACAUAUGCAAAUAUAACAGAAAAUCACUUCCAUAGUGACAAUACUCCCAACCAUAUGGAUAUUAGUCAUAGUGAACUAGGGGUUUUACAAGGUUUUUUUUAAUUUGUUGUUUAGCUUUUGGUUAGUCAAUCUGCAUUUAAAUAUCAACCAUCUUUCCUUUUUCGCUUCUUCCCUUAAAUUGUAUGUAUCCAGUACAUUUAACUGAUAAACAUAUAUGUUUUUUAUUAUGCUGAAUUUUCUUUUUAUUUUUAAUUACUGUUUAUAUUUUCAAUUAUAGAAAAAUGUACAAAAUAAAGUUACUUAGCCAGUCUGUAAGUUCUAUACCAUUUUCCAAAAAUGUACAACAAUAAUUACAGCAGUUCACCUAUUUACAAACAUUUGGAAAUCUGUUCAUUAUCCUUAAAACCACCUCAAAUUUAAAGGCUACCUUAUUGUACGUUUAAAGUGUAUUAUAACAGUGUGGUAGUUAAUAAAACACUAUUUUUUUUCUUUUGA